AUGGGCAGGCGAACGGCAGUGGUGGUGGGGAAAGCCCGGGAAAAGUUUAAGUCGUUGAAAAGCAUUUUCGUUCGCUAUCUUUUGUAUCUCAAAUCGGAUCUUGUUCUCAUUGUAGAAGCUGAAACUCACAUUCAAAGCUUUCCAUCCUUCCGAGAAGACGAAGACUUUAAUCAUCAGGGGAAUGUGCGAGUCAUGGGAGUUGUCUACUCAACUAACAUGGAUGCGGCGUCUUUUUUGGUAUUAGUGGAUCAGGAUGGUGCCGUCAUAGACUACUGCAAAAUGGUUCAUUUUACCAAGCCAGGAUUUGGCCCUCAAGCACAGUCAAAGAAAUUCAUGGAACGUCGGCGUCCUCAUGUAAUAGCGCUGUGUGGCGAAAAUCUUGACGCUAGUCUCCGGAAAGACGUACAAGAGAGUUUGUAUAGCAUGGUAGCUGAGAGUGAUAGAGCAAUUUGUCUACGUUAUGGACCAUGA